UUCGUCAAGACCGUCAUCCCGAAGAAGGAGUCCGCGCAGGCGAUCAUUUUGGAAGCUUUGCAGAACUCGACGCUCUUCAAGGACAUGGAGCACGACCAGCGCGUCGACGUCAUGCUCGCCAUGGACAAGAUGUCCGUGCGCGCGGGCCAGGACCUCAUCCGCCAGGGCGAGCCGGGCAACGCCUUCUACGUCAUCGAGAAGGGCGAGUUCGACAUCGUCAUCGACGGCUGCCGCGUGACGACGUUCCGCCGCGGCGGCUCCUUCGGCGAGGUCGCGCUGAUCCGCGAGCAGCCCCGGGCGGCGACGGUGACGGCCAUCACGUCCGCCGUCUGCUGGCGCCUCGAGCGGAGCCUCUUCCGGAAGUACGUCGCGAACACGACGGCGUCGACGAUCGACCAGAUCGUCCGCGACUUCCGCCAGGCGCAGCUGCUCAAGGAUUUGCCGUUGCCCCACCUCACGAAGCUCGCGACGCACACGUCCCUCGAGCACUUCGAGACGGGCACGCGCGUCAUCGCCAAGGACGAGUUCGGCGACAAGUUCUACGUGAGCCGGCGCGACUCCCAGUCCACGAGCCGCGCGGGCGAGAAGCCCGCCUACGUCGACCUCGGCAAGGGCGCGCACUUUGGCGAGCGCGCGCUCCUGCGCGACGAGAUGCGCGCGUGCGACGUCAUCGCGCUCGAGCCCACGGCGUGCUACGUCGUGAGCCGCGCGGACUUCAACGCCAUGCUCGGGUCCAUGACCGAGGCCAUGGAGCGG